AUGUUGUUCCAUCGCAGGCGAGCCCGGGGGCAAUCUAGGGCCGAUGACAAGGACAUUGGUCGUGCCGCGAUUCCCAAUCGACCCUCCUCGCUCACGCCGUACAUGUCGUCCCAAGAGAAAUCCCCGCCGGCUUCGCGGCCAUAUUCCCAGCUUAAUCUUGGGAGCUCGCCCUCUCGAGACUACCAGAGUAGACUCGCGAACCGGGAUUCCGUCGAGUCUGGUCUUCGAAAACACCCCCUUUACCCUCGAAAUGUUCAGAUGCAGUCGCAGGACCCCGAAAACCGCAAACCAGGCAACUUGGCAAUCCACAGCACUAGGCCUGAACAUCAAUUACAGAGCUCGACGCCAUCGGCACCUCGCAACUCGACCAACUCUACUGUCGGGAGGCGCAGGCCUGAUCUCGCACUACAACACGCGACUUUACCAAGGACAUACACGCAUACAAAUACUCUCACAACAAUUGCUCCUCAACCAAAGCCUGUCAGCGAGGCGAUUGUAGUCGGCGGUUUCAGCGCAAGCAGGCUGGUCAAUCCGCCGUCACCACGGAAAGUUGGCCAAGAACGGCGAAGCUCAUCAGCAAAGCCCGGCUUCAUCAAGCUGGAUGUGAUACCACUAUCUCCGUUAAAUCUCGAUUUUGUUGACCUGCACCAAGUCUCUACUACUCCCGCCGAUACAUCCGAUCGACAUGGUUCCGAGGACCCUGGCUCUUACUCGACUCGGCCCCAAUCGCCUGUUGUACGGCCAGUGUUUGCAGGUGCUGGUUCUAGACCGACCUUGUCAUUUACCCCAAUGCGUCGACGUCCCUUGAGUAAGAGUUCUGGUCUCGCGACAAAGACGCCGUCUCCUUAUUCCCUACCCGAGGGCCGUAAUACCUUCGGAUCUUCAACAUCGCUCACAUCGGUUCUAGCAAAUGCAGCGUCCACAGGUGCCGAGACGGACAAGGGCGUUGGCAGCAGCGAAAAACGAAAGACUGGGGCGCGCCUGUCCUUUUCUGCUCUGCAAUUGAAGGCGGAGCAGGACCGAUUCGGCCCACUGAGCGAACCCGGUCAUCAGCAGCUUGGGGAGAUGAAGCUGGGAACACAGCGAAUUGCAAACUUUUCUCCCGUCGCAGGAUAUAAGCGCCGUGGUAAAGGAGGCAAUCAAACACAAUUCACGACAAUCUUGUCGAAGAAUGGCAUCAGAAGUCGAGAUACAGGUCGCCGCCGACCAACUUCCAUGGCAAUUUCAAAUGUCCCCGAUCCCACGUUGUCGUCGGCCAGUCUCGCACUUCAUGGCACGCAAGACGCCUUAAAGGACAAUUUGUCCAUUCCGAUCAAGGCUAAACGUCAAGAACGUUUCUCUUUCGGUGACAGACCGGGGACUGCGUGUAACAGAAAGCGGCUGUCAAUCCUCAGGGAGCUCAUAGAAGAGCCUCUUGAUGAUUAUGAUUUGAUGCGCGAAGUUUCGUCAUCACAUUCUCAAGUAUUAAAAGACGAUUCAUGGAGCCAACAGCAAAGACAAAAUACUCAUACGCAGUACAAUGCAGCAUCGAAAGCUUGCGCAGACGACAUCAUUGACACGAGCGAUGACCCCAGUGUGAAUCGUGUCUCGGAGGGCUCAGAGAUCAAGGAUAUAUCGGGGCUGGAUAGCGGCGUUGUGUCACCCAGUUCUUCUCACAGUUCGCCAGGCUCACUCUCACAAACGGACAGCGGUUAUAGCUCCUCCUCCCCAAUUCAAUCAAAAAGGGCGGUUGCAGAUUCUGGAUUUCCCGAUAAAGUCGCUCUUGAAGGCUUGUCGGAACGCGACGCAAAGAACGAGAGUGACGACAGGGUCGGAAUCGUUGGUCAUCAGACCACGGACGAUUCGAUUAUCUCGUUGUCAAGAGGCAGUAUGCGGCUAUUGUCAACUCUAAUACGACCGCGGCAUGGUCUUUGUAUUUCAGGGAUAGACGAUGAUGACGAUGAUGACAGUCACCUCAAUUCAAAGAGACCAAGCAGCAUUAACGAUACUUCGCAGCCUAGGGACAGCUCUGUGAGUCAGGAAAGUGCCGUUAAUCCGAGGGUCAGAUCAAACAGCGGUCCCCAAUUAGCCGGAAAGCUGCAGCGGUUGUUUGCACAUCAGAAAGAGGAUGAUUUGUCGACUGGAUUUGCCUCGCAUGACCUCAAGACUGUGCCCACGGUACCAGUGGACGUAGAGGAACGGCUGAGCGAGCACAACAGAGUAUUUCCAACGUCACCGAAAAAGCUUACGAGACACUCUAAGCGGAGCACCGAGUCGCUCAAGACCAUCGUCAGCGUCGACAGUGCCGCCGCGUAUAGCGAAAGCAAUUACAGCCAGGACGAUCAUUGUCGUAGGACCUGCCGUCUCGAAAACAGCCCCAAGACGGAUGCAGCUUACAAGGGCCGUAUGAACAUCAACAGUCUGGACAGCCCCAAAAGCCUGUACAGUCUUGCAAGUUCUGGGGCAGUCAAAAGUCUCUCGAGUUUGCAGAGCACCAAGAGUAACUCGUCUGCCACCGGGGCAAAUGACACCAAGAUGCUUGACAGUGAAGCAUUACCGGACGGCUCUGAACUCGAGAGAGCCAAUGGUGAUGAGGGUCAUGUUCAACGUACUACUCCUCCCCUCACUGCCAUCCGCCCUGUCCUGCCCGCCAACGAGGCGCUCCAGGACGUGUCCAUCGGCGAUAAGCCUGUACCUCCUCCUCGAAACCCAUUUCGCAUCAGCCGACAAGUGAGUAGUCGUCAGAGCAUGCUUCCGACCAGCCAAAUCAUGAUCGAGGAUUCGGCACCAGAUGAAACCUCGGCUGCAUUGCGGGCCCAGGAUAGUCAAUUUGUGAGAGACGAAGGUGUGCUUCCUGCCAGCCUGACGAGGCGAACCCAACUCGGCGCUGGGUUGGACGCCUACAGUGGCAAGGCAACCGCCUCGGCGCCGAACCUUCUGUACUCCUUGUCAUCCAAAACGGAAGCUGUUCCCAGACGCGGGCGCAGACUGACAGUUGCGGAUCUGACCAAAGAGCUGCCACCAGAGCCGCCGCGCGAGGAAAUUUUGCGCAGUUCCUUUUCGAAACGACCGUGGCAGCAGAGGCGACUGGCAGCACGGAGCGGCCUCCAAAGCAGCAAUCAAGAGAAUGAACGGAGCUACGAGUGUCACCAUGAUCAGGUACGAAGCCAAACUACGACUGCCAUGAGCCCAGAACAGACUCAGGUAGUCCAAGACUACAUCUCGGUGUUCAUGUCACGGCGUCGGCACUCUGCUCUGGCCCAUCGGCCGGCCUUUUCUGAAUCUCUGGCAAUUGCCUCGGUGGAACGUCCACAUCCAAAGGAAGAACCUCGGCCGCCCUACCGGGUCCUCCACAGCUAUAACUCGCCGGCGUAUAAGAAUAUUCCCAUCUGGGCAUAA